AUGUUACAUACAUAUGGAUGGGUGAAAAGGCCCUCAGGUUCAUCAAAGAUUCUUCGGGGAUGCUUUGUUCUGCUGUUGGCUGCCAUUUUAUUUUACUUCAUUGCUUUAGCAUCCCCUUAUUGGGUAUACAAAUCUGAAGGAGACCGAUUUACCAGCCUUGGUGUCUGGAAUUAUUGUGAUAACAAUCUAAAAGUGUACAAGGACGUUGAUUAUCAAACCUGGUGUGCGAGCGUCCUUAGUUACCCAUACCUGACGUCGCUUAAUUCUGGUUUGCUGAGGACUCUACAGGCAGUGGCAGUCAUAGCGUUGUUUCUAUUAAUAACAGCAAUAUUUGCCUUGGGUAUAAAAAUGUUUCAACUGAAAGACAAAACCAUCUUAUUGGUAGUGAGCAUGAUUGCCAAUGCUGUUGCAGUCUUCUUCCUCCUCGUUAUAAUAGCUGGAGUCGCCGGAGCUUUGCCUCUGAUUCGGACAGUUGUACCAGGCGGCCAUUUACAUUUUUCUUUUGCCUUUGCUGUCCUUGCAGAGUUUGCUUGUAUUGUUGGAGAAGUGCUCAUGUGUAUCGAAAGAUGCACUAUUAGAAAUUAAUUUUACGCAUCAAUUUGAAAAGAUAUUUCAUCAGUCAUU